CUCCACCUCGCACUCCUGGCUCACUUCCUGCUGCCUUCCAUCUUCCCAGUCAUCUGCCAAUUGCACGAUGACACUCCCCUCUCGUCCGCCACGCAUAUUCGUAACAGUAGGCUCGACCCAAUUCGUCGACCUCAUCUCGUACCUCCUCACCCAGCCCUUCCUCAACUCGCUGCCGGCAAAGACGAGCCUGACCAUCCAGUACGGCAAGAGCGAUUUGGCUGCAAUCCUGACGCGGGAGGACAACGCGCUCACUUCAUCGGCAUCGUCGACAGCGCAGGAUGACGCUAGCUCGUCAGUCGCAUCUUCAUCUGCCAUCCGACUGGAUGCUGGCAGCGAAAGGGUCCCUGAGCCGGGCCUGAGGGCUUCGAAGCAGCAUGGGCUUUCCUGGAAGGGCAGCCAGUUGACAGGGAUGGAUCCGGGGAAGACGGGCGCCAUUGAUGGGUGGCAGCUAGUUGGAGCCGACGAGGGGCAAAGCAGCGAGGAGAGCAGUCGAGAGAGCGAGGCAGACGACGAAGAAACAGCGGCGGAGGAUAGUCUAGCAGCGCCACCAUCCCCGAGACGGCCAGCUGGCGCUAGCUUCACCUCCCUACCCUCCUCUCUCAAGUUCCGCACCUCCGCUCCCCAAUCCAUCAGCAUAGAGCUCAUAGACUUCUUGCCCGACCUAUGCUCCCACCUCUCAUCAGCGGACAUUGUCAUCUCCCACGCCGGGUCGGGGACCAUCCUCGAGACGUUGCGCCUGCCGAUCCCACCACGCCUCAUCGUGGUGCCAAACACGACACUGAUGGACAAUCAUCAGGUAGAGUUGGCUGAUGCAAUUGCGAAAGGAGGGUGGGCGACGUGCGCCAGAGUAGAGCUGCCUGGUGUGGGCGGGGCAGGGAAGAAUGAGUCCUCGCUGCAGAGGGUGGUGAGGGAGGCUCUCACGCAAGCGGAGGAGCCGACGCCUUUCCCACCUGCCAAGCCAGAGCGCUUCAGAGGCUUGGUUGACGGAGCGAUGGGCUUCGCAUGAUCGUACGAGCAUCGAGCAAUGCCACAAAUACCCUAUUGGCUUGA